AUGACUAAACUUUCUCAAGCCAAGCAAAGGGAUGGAACUAAAAAAAUUCGAAGACGAACUCGUAAAAGGAUUACCUCAACUACUGAGUCAUCCACUAGUGCAGGAAUUAGCCAAGAGAAGCCUGAAAGAAAAAAGCGCAAAAGGAAAACCAAAGAAAAACAAUCAGAGGUGGUGAACAAGCCAGAGAAAAAGCAAAACAUUCAGCAAACUAUGGAAUAUGUUGUUCAAGAAGGAGAUUCAUUUAAUAGUGUUGCAGCUCGAUUUGAUGUCACUCCAUCAGAAUUAUGUCGUAUUAAUAGAUUUUUGUCAAGAACAUUGUUUGUUGGUCAAAUGAUUAAAGUUCCUGUGAAUCAGGAGAUGGUAAAGACGACUGAAGAUCCAUCUGUACUACCUAGUGAAGAGAAAACUCUGACAGAAAGCUCUAAUCCCGAUGAAAAGUCAGAGAAGUCAGCAGUUACAAUGACGGGAAAGAAAACAACAACAACAGAUUCUUUAUGCAAUGUAAUAGAAGAGAAUAUGGAGUCGAAGCGAUUAUCACAAAAAGAUUCAUUAACAUCUUCUUUUAGUGCAACAGACACAGAUGAAUGGGAAGUAGAUGAAUCUUCGUAUAGUGAAUACACGGAUUAUGCAGAUGAGGAAAAUGACCCGAUGGCAUGUCAGUACUUGAAAUUUGACUGUAAAUUUGUUGUGGAUUUACAAUGCUCAAUCACUGGAAUCAUAUUAGUAACCACAGAUAUGUUUGUCUUCAAACCAAAUGAUGAAGAACAAUAUCCUUUGGAAAAACAUUGUAAACAAAUCCCACUGAAUCAAUUUCGUACAGUUGCAGUCUAUAGAGAUCCAUCUGUUAUGUAUUUUACAAAACGUGGAGCACAAACAUCUUCAAGUACAAUUCCUGUGAAGCAUGAAAAUGAUUCAACAAAAUCUGUAGAAUUUAAAGAAGAAAAUCAGUGUUUAAUAAAUAAUACAAAAGAAAUAAUGACGUCAAAUGAUAAAUGCUCAAGCUGUUCAGAAGUUAAAAAAGAUGUUUUACAGACAAGUUCUACUGAAAAAGAUAAAGGUAACAUUGAAGAAAAGAAUACUGGAACUGUAAUAACAAAUGAAACACAGAACACUUCAUCACAACCGGUUCAAGACAAAUGCGAUUUAGAUGAAAAUCCAUUAUACUUAUGUAUAUUAGUAUCCCCAUACUCAAUGAGAAGUAAUAAGCAUAGAAGACAUCCACACUGGUUUACUAUUCAAUCCGAGGAAUAUUGGUUUCUGAUACCACACGGAAAAGCGCAAAUUCUAUUCGACUUUCUCCUGACUUGUCAGUUUCAUGGAUAUGAAGAUGAUUCAAACAAUGAAGAGCACUUCACCGAUAUUGAAAGUAGUCGAGUGUCAAUUAAAAGUAUUGAUACCAAAAAUAAGGAUAAUACUAAGAAGAUGAACAUUGAAACGCUGCAUUCAAAGUCACUAGGAAAUCUAAGUUUUCUUAAACAUUCCCUUAACAGCCCAAAAUCAACUGGUUCUCCGGGUGUGGGUGAUAUGGAGAGUGAUAAUUUUAGUAAAUUGGAUAAACUACUCCAUCAUCAUCAUCAUAAUCAUAAUCAAAAGUCGAAUCAUCGACGACACAGUCAUUAUCAUCAUUUUGUUAUUGUCCCAAAAACAUUUGACUGGAUAUUACCACGUAUCGGUUGUUCAGAUGAUCGUUCACGUGCUUUAAUGACUCUCAGAAAUUAUAAACAAAAGCGUGUACAAAGCUCUAAAGACUUUUCCGUAACAGUAACUGAUAAUGAUAAUCCCACUGAGCGAAGUGAAACUAAAGUAGAUUCAAAGGAAUCAAGUAAAACACAACAAUCACUAAAUCGUUCUUCUCUAAAGGUUACAACAUCAAGUCAUGAAAGGAUAAGAGAAUGUCACAGUGUACCAUCAAUGGAAGAGGAGAAGUCUGCCAUAAGAAUACUAAAAGAAGAGUCUAUUGAUUGGGAGUUGGUUAGUUCAAAGGAAAUGGAACUAAAGGAACAAGAGGAGAGAAGGCGAGCAUAUAUGUCUGACUGUAUAAAACUAGCAGAACCUGAGUCAUUACCAUUACCACCAGCGACAUCCAACAGUGAAAUCUUAGAUGCUCAGAAAGUUCGUAAUCUUUUACAAAAUUUAAUCGCUGAUGCUGAAGGUUUAGACUGGGUAUUGACCUAUAGUACUUCUUUGCAUGGAUUCAGUUUACGAUCAUUAUAUCGUCGGUGUGCAAAUAGUUUAACAGAAGCUUCAGAGGAUGAUCUGCACAAUUCAAUACAUUCCAAAAUGAAACAUACACGUGCACCCAGUUCACCGCAUGCAUCGAAUCAACCGUGUAUAAUAACUAUACGAACAUCAAAUAAUGAAAUAUUCGGUGCAAUGUUAAAUACACAUCCUUAUCCAAGUGGUGGUCGAUUUUAUGGAAAUGGUUCAACUUUUGUUUUCCGAUGGAUCAAUUCAGAUGAACAAGGAAAAACACUUGAUAGAGCUGACUCAUCAACAGUUCCAGUCAAUAAAGACAAUGAAACUAAUCAAAAAGAUGUGAACUCUGUAUCUACAUCAUCACUUCGUGAUCUUGGUUGUGAUGUUCAGUCAUCCUUUGGUAUACAAACUGAAACUGUAACCGACGAACUAGCUCAUUUAUUUUUCCUUGAUAGCACUGAUGCUUUGGACUCAGCCAAUGAACAAAUUUUUCAGAAAUUUGUAUGGAGCGGUAAGAAUUCCUAUUUCAUUAAUGGUGGUUAUGAUUCCCUUACAAUAGGAUGCUCUCAAGGUCAUUCUGCGAUUCAUCUUGACGAUGUACUAUUACAUGGACGUAGUGAAAGUUGUGAAACAUUUGAUAAUCCACAGUUAACCUCAUCACCUGACUUUGUUAUUACAACUCUUGAAAUAUGGUCAUUUAUUUAA